AUGGGAAGUAGCAAUUCUGUACACUUCACAUCUGUAGAAGCAGGUGAGAAUUUAAAGAAUCCACGACAACAUAUUUCCACUAUUAUCCAUACGCAGUCGAUAGAGAUUAUACGGAGAAACAAGUUAAGAUUCACAAUAUUGGUUCAAUGUGCCCUGUGGUUAGCUUUUCAGCAAUGUCCUUUUAGAGGACACGAUGAGUCGAAAAAUUCAAAGAACCGUGGUAAUUUUCUUGAGAUGGUUAGAUUUUCCGCCACACUCAAUGACAAGGUGAAAGAGGUUGUCCUAGAAAAUGCUCCCAAAAAUUCUACUUAUACGUCGCCUGCUAUUCAAAAAGAGAUUUUGAAUACUGUUUCUAACGAAAUCAGAGACAAGAUUCGUGAAGAAAUUGGAGAUAGGAAAUAUUGCAUACUUGUGGAUGAAUCUAAAGAUGCUUCAGAUAAAGAGAAGAUGGUGCUAGUUUUGAGGUAUGUGGAUAGUGAUGAGUAUGUUCAAGAACGUUUUUUCUAUAUUCAACGUGUGAAAAACACUUGUGCCGUAACUCUCAAAAAAGGUAUAACUGAUAUUCUUAAUCGUUAUAAUCUUCCCAUUGAAAACAUGCGAGGACAAGGUUAUGAUGGUGCUAACAAUAUGCGAGGUCGAGUGAAUGGAUUAAAAGCUUUGUUUCUUAAAGAUUGUAAAUAUGCAUACUAUGUUCAUUGUUUUGCACAUAGGCUACAGUUAGCUCUUGUUCACACAGCUGAAAAAAACGGUAGACUUUGGGACUUCUUUUCAAUGUUAAAUAAUAUUGUUAAUCUUGUCACUGCUUUUUCACUGCGUUUAGGAUCUUUCCAAGAUGCUCAAGAAGAUGAUAUUAACCAAAGGUUGGCUAAUGGUGAUCUUGAGACAGGUAGAGGGGCUAAUCAAAUAGGUACGUUGCCACGAGCUACUGAUACUCGCUGGAUUUCUCAUUAUGGUUCUGUAUGCAGUUUGAUUGAUAAGUUUGAUGCAGCUUAUACAACUAUGAAGAUAUUAGUACAAGUGAUCCUAACGAGACAUGUGGGGUAG